GGAUGCUCCCCUGCUGGGGCUGGGGACUCCCCGCCCUUGCGCGCGACCCCGCGCCCGGGCGGGCGGCGCUUGCGGUGGGCAGGGGGUGGGCAGGGCAGCCGGGACUCGUCCAGGGGUAGCCACCUCCUCUGCAUCCUGCCCGCGCAUCCCUGAGCCCAGCCUCAUCAUCCGCCUCUGCCUCUGGCAGCAGCCAGCCUCCGCCUCGCGCCACCUCGGCCUCUCGCCGCCCCCGCCCCCGCGCCCCCGGUGGCUGUGCCUUGGCUGAGCCCGGAGGGGGCCUGUGGCGCGUUGGCCGCCUGCUCGGCUCCGCUUGGCCGGGAGGCGUGCAUGCCCCUGCUGCCCGUGGCGCUCAUCAGCAGCAUGCUCUAUUUCCAGAUGGUGAUCAUGGCAGGGACUGUGAUGCUGGCGUACUACUUUGAAUACACGGACACGUUCACUGUGAACGUGCAAGGCUUCUUCUGCCACGACAGCGCCUACCGCAAACCCUAUCCCGGUCCAGAGGACAGCAGCGCGGUGCCCCCUGUGCUCCUCUACUCGCUGGCCGCUGGUGUCCCGGUGCUCGUGAUAAUAGUUGGAGAAACUGCUGUGUUUUGCCUACAAUUAGCCACAAGGGAUUUUGAAAACCAGGAGAAAACUAUUUUAACUGGAGACUGUUGCUAUAUAAACCCACUGGUACGCCGAACUGUCCGAUUUCUCGGAAUUUAUACGUUUGGACUCUUUGCUACAGAUAUCUUUGUAAAUGCUGGGCAAGUGGUUACAGGCAACUUGGCUCCACACUUUCUGGCCUUGUGUAAGCCCAACUACACAGCUCUUGGGUGUCAACAGUAUACACAGUUCAUCAGUGGGGAGGAAGCGUGCACAGGCAACCCAGAUCUUAUCAUGAGAGCAAGGAAAACCUUCCCAUCCAAAGAGGCUGCCCUCAGUGUUUAUGCUGCCAUGUAUCUGACGAUGUACAUUACCAACACUAUCAAAGCAAAAGGCACCAGACUUGCUAAGCCCGUUCUAUGCUUGGGAUUAAUGUGUUUGGCCUUUCUUACUGGACUCAACAGAGUAGCAGAAUAUCGAAAUCAUUGGUCAGAUGUGAUAGCAGGCUUUCUAGUUGGAAUAUCUAUAGCAGUAUUUCUGGUUGUAUGCGUGGUAAAUAAUUUCAAAGGAAGACAACCAGAGAAUGGGCACAUGCACAGGGACAAUGUGGCCCGGAUGCCGAUGAUCAACAUUCCUCGAGUAGAAAGUCCUUUGGAAAAGGUAGCAUCCGUGCAGAACCACAUCACUGCCUUUGCGGAAGUCACAUGAUAUUGAAGCAGAUGGCUUUUCCCUGCACUGGACAUCAUCCCUUUUUACCAUUCAUUCAUAAGAAAGUUUAUUUGGUUACACAGGAAAUUUAUAAAAUUGCCUGAGACUUUUUAUGAAUUUAAAAUUCAACAGCACCCUCUCUGCCCCCAUCCCACUAGACUGUGA